CCGUGCUCCGGGAUGGCAGCGAGGUGACGACGCUCGAGGAUGACCCUGACUGAAAGGCUGCGCGAGAGGAUAUCGCGGGCGUUCUACAGCCACGGGCUGCUCUGCGCCUCCUACCCCAUCCCCAUCAUCCUCUUCACCGCCCUCUGCAUCCUGGCCUGCUGUUACCCGCUGCUGAAGCUGCCGCUGCCCGGCACGGGGCCCGUGGAGUUCAGCACCCCGGUGAAGGAUUAUUCCCCUCCUUCCACAGAGCCCGGCCACCAGCAAGGGGACCCCAGCGAGCGCCCCGACUGGUAUGUCGGUGCUCCGGUGGCCUACAUCCAGCAGAUCUUGGUGAAAGCCACCGUGUCCCCGUGGCAGAAGAACUUCCUUGCUGUGGAUGUGUUCCGUUCGCCGCUCUCCCGUGUCUUCCAGCUGGUGGAGGAGAUCAGAAACCAUGCCCUGAGGGACAGUUCUGGGGUCAAAAGCCUGGAGGAACUUUGCCUCCAGGUGACAGAUCUUCUGCCGGGCCUCAAGAAGCUGCGGAAUCUGCUCCCCGAGCACGGCUGUCUCCUGCUGUCUCCAGGGAACUUCUGGCAGAAUGACCGGGAGCGCUUUAACGCCGACCCGGAUAUCAUCAAAACUAUUCAUCAGCAUGAACCAAAGACGUUGCAAACAUCGGCUACGCUCAAAGAUCUGUUGUUUGGACUCCCUGGGAAGUACAGCGGGGUGAACCUCUACAAUCGGAAGCGGGUGGUGUCAUACACUGUCACACUGGGUCUCCAGCGUUAUGAUGCUAGGUUCCUCAGCAGCCUCCGUUCUCGCCUCAAGCUGCUGCAUCCCAGUCCUAACUGCACCCUGCGAGAGGAGAACAUCGUCCACGUGCACUUCAAGGAGGAGAUCGGCAUUGCCGAGCUCAUCCCCCUUGUCACCACCUACAUCAUCCUCUUCGCUUACAUCUACUUCUCCACACGGAAGAUUGACAUGGUGAAGUCGAAAUGGGGCUUGGCGCUGGCCGCCGUUGUGACAGUGCUCAGCUCUCUGCUCAUGUCAGUUGGCCUGUGCACACUCUUUGGCUUGACACCUACUCUUAAUGGAGGGUAUGUUUUCCAGCACCCAACCUCUUCCCAAAGAAGAGCACACGGGGGCAAAACCAUUUGCAAACAGCUGUUCAUUGCCUGGUGUUGA